AGUGCUACCCCACUGGGCGCCGCCAUUAGAAAGUAGAACGGGGAGCGGCCCAUGGCGCUGCCGGUGGAGGAGUGGCGGCAGAACGUUGCCCGGCGCUGGGCCGCUCUGGAGCCAGCUCUGAGGGAACGGUUGGCGGCGGCACCGCUGGGCGAGGCGCUACGGGUGGGCUGCGGCCUCUUUGGGCCCGAGGUGGCGGCCUUACGGCGGCUGUGUGGCCGGGUUCGCACGGACAAGGAGCCGGCGGCCGCUCGCUUCUAUCGGGAGGAGGGAAAUCGGCGGUUCGGCCGCUGCCGCUACAGCGAAGCCGCUAGGCUGUACUCGCAGGCCGCGGCCCACGAACCUCCCCGCAGUCCUGAGGUGGCCCUGUGCUUCGCCAACCGCUCCGCAGCCCUGUUCCAUCUCGGGCACUUUGAGGUUUGUUUGGAAGAUAUUGCCAGGGCUGAAAGUCAUGGCUAUCCAGACAGGCUGCUGCCCAAGGUCUUGCUGCGGAAGGCUGAAUGCCUGCUGCGUUUGGGGAGGUUACAGGAUGCAACAGACACCCUCACUGCAGUGGAAAAUAAAAUGACUGUAGAUGGGAUUAUGACUAGUUCUACUCACCUUACGCUACUGAAAAAGUUAAAUCAGCUGAAGACUGAAAUACAUCAGGGGAGCUGUUCAGAACCUUCACGAGGAGCACAUGGUGAUAUUCAAAGGGAGUCAGAGAUCUGGGAAGAGAAUGGCAGUAUUUCAGGUGCAUCUUCAUCUUUGAGCCUGAAUUUCAAUACAGAGAGAGGACGUCACUUGGUGGCCUCCCAGGACAUCCUGCCAGGACAGAACCUGUUGAAAGAGAAGGCUUUUGUCUGUGUGCUCUGCCCAGUUGAAGGGGAUAGCCUUCUUCUACAGAACAGCAGUGAAACAGUGUGGGAUACUCAAGUCACUAACGCAGAUCUUUAUUGCCACCGUUGUCUGAAGCAGCUCUUAGCCUCUGUCCCGUGCUGUGGAUGCAGUUAUGCAAAGUACUGCAGCCAAAACUGUGCAGAUGUGGCAUGGGAGCAGUACCACAGGACAGAGUGCCCCUUGGGAGCACUGCUGCUCGUGUUAGGGGUCUUCUGCCAUGUUGCCUUAAGGACUGUUCUACUAGCAGGAUUUUCAGAGGUUAGCAGGCUGGUGGAGUGGUCGCAUGAUGAUAGCAACAAGGACCAUUGCAAUGCUGAGGCUGGAGGUAAACAUCCCAGUGAGGCACUGGAUACAAGAGCUGGAACAAAAGGUAUCCCUGGUUGUAAUGAUAAUGGCCAGUACCAGAGUUCUUACCGAGCUGUGUUCAACCUUUUGCCACAUGUUGAGAAGCAUAGUCCUGAACAUAAGUUCCUUUGCAUGCUGAGUAUAGUAGCUGUAUGCAAAAAAUUGCAAGAAACUGGUCUAGAGGCUACUGUUCUGAACGGGCAGUCAUCUACAAUGGGAUCAGAACAGAAGAUGUAUGGAAAAACAUCUGAGGAACUGUCUCCAGAACUGAUGAUUGUAGCAGAAGCAAUGCUGAGGCACGUGUUGCAGCUACAGUGUAACGCACAAGCGGUCACUGUAAUGCAGGAGUUAGAGUCUGGAGAUGGUGCUGUUGUAAAUAAGAAGCCUGUGCGCCUGGCUACAGCCUUCUUUCCUGUCCUCAGCCUUCUGAACCAUUCGUGCAGCCCCAAUAUCAGUGUGUCAUUCAGUGGGACAGUUGCCACUGUCAGGGCAUCUCAGCCAAUCCCAAGCGGCCAGGAGAUUUUCCAUUGCUAUGGGCCUCAUCACUGUAGAAUGAGGGUUGCUGAGAGACAACAGCUUCUCAGUCAGUAUUUCUUUGAGUGCCGCUGUCAGGCAUGCCUCGAUGAGUUAGAGUCUGAUGUCGAGAGUGUGUCCAUGAGAAACUCAUUCUGCUGCCCUAACUGCCAGGCUUCAAUGCAGGGGGAAGAAAUGCUUUGUUGUUCAAACGAAGCUUGUGCAUUCUCAGUCAGCAGAGGGAGAUUGUCACGGCGCUUACUGGACCUUCAGCAGCAAAUGGAGAAAGCAUUAGAGCUGCUAAGAGACAGCAAGGCUGAUGAAGCUAUCAGAAUGCUCCUGAAGUGUCAAAUGGAUGCUAGAAACUUCUUGUCACCAGAGCAUUUGCUGAUGGGAGAGCUGGAGGACCAUCUGGCACAGAUCUAUGCUGCUCUUGGAAAGUGGCAGGAAGCAGCCAGACACUUGGAGAGGAGCAUUCAGCUUGUGGAAAUGCAUCAUGGGCCAUCUAGUGUAGAAAUGGGUCAUGAACUUUUCAAACUGGCACAAAUUCUCUUCAAUGGAUUGGCAGUUUCUGAAGCUCUGAGCACAAUUCAAAGAGCAGAGGAGAUUUUAUCAGUGCACUGUGGUCCGCAGAGUACUCAGAUCCAGGAACUACAAGAGAUGAAGACCUGUCUGUUAGAGCUUCCCAGAAGCAUCCUUCAGAGGACUUAAUUUCCCUAUCAAAGGAAGAUUCAAUGUGAUCUUUCAUCAAAGCUAAGUUUCGUGUGGUAAGGUUGUCAUGUAGUACAAGCUGGAAAAUUGUGUGUAACGAUAACUCAAGUGAAAUCCAAGAUGCUCUUUAGAGAUACAAUUGUAAAUAAAAUGACCGGUUCUAA